UUAUUGCAUUAAAAUAAACAUUUAAUUCUUUUUCAUUUAAUUACUUUUAUGAAAAUAAAACAUUUUUUUACCACCACCUAUUGGCGUUUUUCGGAAGCGUUCCGCUUACACCUUGUAUUAAACAUGCAUAAAUCCACACAUCCUAAUAAUCGUUCGCAUUAUUAAUACAAGUCACGGAUUUUUUCAGGAAAUCAAUUUGGAAGCAAAAUGACGACUGGAAGGCUCGGUACACAAAACUGUACUCGGCACACCGCGUGUUCAGCUUGGUCCCACAACAGUUAAGUAGUCUCUUUUCAAUUUACAAUAAUCCGCUUUUCAAGACAUCAUUUUCAGUACUUUCUCGUUGAAAACAGAAAUCUUUUGUUCAUCUGAAUUAGAACGGUCUUGUCUGUGUCAACAAGUAUUUUGCAUAUUGUUUUUAUGUACCGUAAGUUUUUUUUAUACAUAACAAGACACCCGUUAUUUUUAAAGAGGUAAGUAAAUACAGAUAAAUCAAGGAGAUAUGUAUACAUUUCAUAAAAUGUUCCAGAGAUUUUCCUUAUUUCAAUGCUAUCUUUAAAUUCAAAGGAUCCAGUGAAGACAUUUUUGGUUUAAAAUAUAUGUCCACGUUUGUAUGUACAAGUUGCAAUGGAGUUGAUUACGUCGACAUAGGUCUCAAGGCCUGUUAGGAGUCAAGUUGCAUUUAUUCAACCGCUACUGCCCAGCCGUUGAACACAACCUCCUUUAUGUUUAUAGCCAGUCUCUGACUCACAUCGUGAGUCACGUAACCAGUGAAAAAGUCAAGCCAGCUUCCAAUUCGUUCAUCUCAAUCAAAACUCUCGCGUUUCGCCGUAAACCGUCUACAGGCGUUUGUUUUGUGUACUCUACUUUUUUUUAAAUUUAACGGUUUUCCUGCUUAUUGUAUUUAGUGGUUGUUUAACGAUAAAUUGUUUUGUUAAAAUUAAUUGUGUACUUACUAAAAACUUUUUUGCAGUUAAUUCACCAAAUUAGACAUAGUAUUUAAGUUAAAAUUGAAUAAAAAUAAAUUCAAAUUAAGUCGUUAAUGUAUAAAUGGGAUAUUUAUCAUUAUUUCUAUUACAAUACAUGCUAUUUUAAUUCAGUUUCUUUUUACAUUUGUUAUGUGCUGAAACUAAAAUAAUUUUUCUAGGAUAGGUAGAAGUAUGGAACCACAAGCGGCAUCUUCAUGCAGUCCUGCAGUGCUAACUACUUGUCAUACACUUGUCUUGUUACUUGGAUUAUUUACGUUAUAAUGUCUGUCUCUUAAAUUAAGGUCCGAAAAGGAUGAUCAGCGUCGCAUUUCCUUUAUGAGCAAUGAUGCGACUCCAUACGCAUCGCUGUUGAUGAGGAUGCGUGCGACACGACGGGAUAGCACUAUAUACGGCGAAGAGGUGAAGAGCCCGCCCGACAUCGCCACCUUGAUGUCAGUACAGAGCGAUAUUCACGAGAGUUGUAUCAACUAUAUGCGAUCUGAUGACCUGGGCGGGACGGAAACUCAACUCCUAGAUAUGGUGCGACGAAAAAGUCGAGAGGUCGAGGAAGAGGCUCAAGACAAAACUCUCGAUUUGCCACAAGACGAUAUUUCUGAUGACCCCUCAAGCGAAGCCUGUGUACACGGCCUAAGCAUGCGUAUGACAGAACGCAGUGUCUCUCGAUCUCGAAUGUCAAGAAUAUCUACCCGACGCGAUAUGGAUAUACCUUCCAUCUUAGCCUUCGAGACCCCUAUCGUACCUGCCCCAGCGCCCCUAGAAAUUCCGGGAUUACAAAAAGUCAAGCCGUCCCAAAACGAUGACUUACCUCGAUGGUCGAUACGUCGAUCAAUUUGUCCUGUUUGCUCUCAGAAGUGGAGAGACAAAUCAACCAUUUAUAAUGUAAAGUCCUCGGGGUUGAAGAGAAACUCUUCAGCGGAUUUACCAUCAGUGAUAGCACCAGCUCGAUUGAGAGCGUCCAUCACAAUGGCCUAUGUCCCUCGCCCUGUACUGGCUGCCGUGGAUGAGAGUGCAGGAGCUGGCAGAGCAAUGCGGAACACAAGCACUGCCUGGCAGUUAACGCGAGCUCGUCGCUUCCGAGUUCCUAGACCACAAACGCCAUCCCCAGAAGCCAUAGCUCCCCCAAGUUCCACCGCUCCCAUGGCACGUAAAGACCUGGACAGUCGAGUUAACAGGUUUCUAAAAGAUGAAGGAAUGGCAAAAUAUUUAGCAACUUAAUGAGCAUAUCUUUUGUUACGUAAGUCACUAGUGCAGCUUAAGGUUUAUUGAACAAUAGAUUAUUUGCUAACAUCAAGUCAUGAGUCCAUCAACUUGUCACAGCUACACUGAUAGGACUAAUAGAACUUUAAGCUUCACUAGCACCACCAUGUAAGUGCAAUAUUAAGAG